AGAUUUAAUGCUCGGAAAAACUUUUGGAAAAGGUUGGAGUUUUGAUUUUUUUUAGAAUGAGAAAACUGUCAGUAGAUUUGUGCAAUUGUCGAUGAGGAAAUGUAGCAUUGAAAUAUAUUUAUACGUACUCAUUAGGUGCAGGUUGAAUUGGGUAACUUCAGUACUGAAAUGUGACAGUCGCAUUCCAGUAAAUUCUGCUUUACUGCCGUGUUACUGACGAGGUCUACUCUGAAACUGCCCUCCAAAUCCCGGAGUCUGCCACUUAGAAGAGGCAUUGGUUACCAAAACUAUUGUUUAGAAGGUACUUUGGAAGUGGAGAAAGAACCAGACACUAGUGCUGUCAUCAGCAUAACUGCAGCCUGCCACUAAGCACCACAAACGUACAACAGCAGCUUGGACAGAGGGACUCAAAAUGGCAUCUUCCCACAUCAUCACUAUUCCAUUCCAGGAACAGGAGCGCCGGCUGCUGUCCCAGCUGAACAGGAUGCGAGAGCAGGACCAGCUGUGCGACAUGACAGUCCGGGUGGGGACACGCGAGUUCCGCUGUCAUCAGGCCGUGCUGGCCGCCAGCAGUGGACACUUCCUCAGUGUCUUCGUGCAGGGAGUUCUCAGCUUCCCCAAGAUUCUGGACCUCACCUUCACCUCAGCAGACGUCUUCUCCAUCAUCUUAGACUUCAUCUACACAGCCAGUCUUAAGUGUCCCCCAGACGUCUUACCUCAGGUCCUCCAGGCAGCCAAGGUUCUGGAGGUCCACACACUCGUUGAUCACCUGCUGAUGUUCUCUGCCUCGCUAGAAGCCAUGAGGACUAUAUCAAACACGGAGACAGAAUCAUCCCAUUCAAACUUACCUGUACCCAGGGUUACAUCAAACAGGGAGGUAGCACAGCCCACCUGUACAAACUUACCUGUACCCUCAGGUGUUAACGCUGUAACCUCUGGUGUGAACUCUAUACAUGCAGGUGUGAGACUAGCACAUCCCACCUGUACCUUACCUGUACCAUCAGGUGUGAACACUUUACAUGCAGGUGUGAGGGCAGCACAGCCCAUCUCUGCAAACUUACCUGUACCCGCAGGUUUGAACACUGCAAACUCUAGUGUGAGGCCAGCACAACUUACCUGUACAAACUUACCUGUACCUGUACCUUCCAGUGUGAACACUGUACCUGCAGGUGUGAGGGCAGCACAGCUCACCAGUACAAACUUACCUGUACCUGUACCUACAGGUGUGAGGCCAGCACAGCCCAUCUCUGCAAAUUUACCUGUACCCGCAGGUGUGAACACUUUACCUGCAGGUGUGAACACUUUACCUGCAGGUGUGAAGACUGUACCUUCAAGUGUGAGGUCAGCACAGUCCACCUGUACAAACUUACCUGUACCUGUACCUUCAGGUGUGAGCACUUUACCUACAGGUGUAAGGUCAGCACAGCUCACUUGUACAAACUUUGUACCAGGUCCUGUACCUUCAAGUGUAAACACUCUACCCUCAGGUUUGAACACUUUACCUUCAGGAGUGAACACACCUAUGUCAAGUGUGAACACACUUAUGUCAGGAGUGAACACGCCUAUGUCAGGAGUGAACACACCUGUAUCAGGAGUGAACACCCCUAUGUCAGGAGUAAACACACCUGUGUCAGAUGUAAACACACCUUUGUCGACACCUAGCCCAGGUGAACUGGACAGUGUGGUGGUGAAACAAGAGGAGCAGGAGUUCAGCCAUGAGGACACCAGGCCGCAGUCCGAGGACUCGACUGGGAGCCAGAACGCCGACCUCAGGUCAGAGGUCACCAGUCUGCGACAACAGAUCAGCGAUGUCAUCGGGGAAGAAAUACCCCCUGCACAUUCCUUUCUUGCGCUGGGACCAGACCAAGUUGCCGGUGAGAGGGAGCUCUAUCCUGGCUCGGGGGUCUACAUCCACCAGUCCGACCUGCAGAUCCUGGUACACAGGGCGAACUACAGCGGGAGGCAGCUGUGCCAUAACUUGUUCGACCACUUACACCGGGACGUCGACCUGACACACUACUCAGCUUUCCACACUAAGCACGGGUUCGGGAAGGCUGUACUGGACCAAAACGUGCUGGAGGCGAUAGAAGCAUUUGUGUUGAUGAUGACGAUGGAUGAGAAUUGGAAAGCGGACAUCUCGAGGAGGCAGAUCCGGAGGAUUUUCGGGAACAAGUGUACCGCUGCAGUGAGGGGGAUAAAGAGGAAAUCUGCAGAGUACCAAUCCUCCAGCUGAUGCUAUCACCAUGGAAACAAGUGUACCGCUGCGGUACGGGGAAUAAAGAGGAAAUCUGCAGAGUACCAAUCCUCCAGCUGAUGCUAUCACCAUGGGAACAAGUGUACCGCUGUGGUGAGGGGGAUAAAGAGGAAAUCUGCAGAGUACCAAUCCUCCAGGUGAUGCUAUCACCAUGGGAACAAGUGUACCGCUGCGGUACGGGGAAUAAAGAGGAAAUCUGCAGAGUACCAAUCCUCCAGCUGAUGCUAUCACCAUGGGAACAAGUGUACCGCUGCGGUACGGGGAAUAAAGAGGAAAUCCGCAGAGUACCAAUCCUGCAGCUGAUGGUAUCACCAUGGGAACAAGUGUACCGCUGCGGUACGGGGAAUAAAGAGGAAAUCCGCAGAGUACCAAUCCUCCAGCUGAUGCUUAAGCACCAUGGGAACAAGUGUACCGCUGUGGUACGGGGAAUAAAGAGGAAAUCUGCAGAGUACCAAUCCUGCAGCUGAUGGUAUCACCAUGGGAACAAGUGUACCGCUGCGGUGAGGGGGAUAAAGAGGAAAUCUGCAGAGUACCAAUCCUCCAGCUGAUGGUAUCACCAUGGGAACAAGUGUACCGCUGCGGUGAGGGGGAUAAAGAGGAAAUCUGCAGAGUACCAAUCCUCCAGCUGAUGCUAUCACCAUGGGAACAAGUGUACCGCUGCGGUGAGGGGGAUAAAGAGGAAAUCUGCAGAGUACCAAUCCUCCAGCUGAUGCUAUCACCAUGGGAACAAGUGUACCGCUGCGGUACGGGGAAUAAAGAGGAAAUCCGCAGAGUACCAAUCCUCCAGCUGAUGCUUAAGCACCAUGGGAACAAGUGUACCGCUGUGGUACGGGGAAUAAAGAGGAAAUCUGCAGAGUACCAAUCCUGCAGCUGAUGGUAUCACCAUGGGAACAAGUGUACCGCUGCGGUACGGGGAAUAAAGAGGAAAUCUGCAGAGUACCAAUCCUCCAGCUGAUGCUAGCACCACACUGACAAACCAAUGCCCAGCCGGGCAAUUUGAAAUGAACUGAAAUGUAACAACAUCCCAAUGUACUAUUAGGGAUCUUGGGUAUUCUCUCCAAGCUCCUUGUGAAUUGUUCCCCCAUCAUAGUUUAUGCUUUUUGGCCAAGCACAGCCGGGGUCUCCCUGUCGGCCCCACAUUUCUCGAUAAGUGUGAAGGGUUUUGGUCACAUUUCCCUUGUCCCAUCUACUUUGCCCGUAAGCAUUUACCAAUACGAGUCACCAGUGUCUACCUGGAUACUAGGUGGUCUAGUUUGAAAAGUUUCUCAAAACAAAAUACAUUUGUAAGAUUGUACAGCGCUACUAGACGACCUGAAGUUCGAACCCGGAAAGUCAAAAAGUUACCUUUGUUCUCGAUAUCUAGACAUAAAUUCACCUUUCCACUUGAGUCUUAUUUGUACAUACAUGUAAGUCUUGGGUCACAGAGGAAAAUCAAGUUGCUUAUAGCACUGUCUUAUGAAUUAUAGUACGAUGUAAAUCGUAAGUAGUACAGCAUCUAUUGUACCAGUAGAUGUUCGCAGAUUAUUUACUGCCAACUACUGUACUGUACUAUACUAUACUAUCCAAACUACUGUUUAAGAAUAAAAAUUUUGAUAUACUAUUCAUUAAUGUUUUUAUUACUUAUUUAUAGUGAAAUAUUCUUUCGUCUUUAUUCUUAAAAUGAGAAAAUGGGUUGUCUUACAUCUUCGUUAUCGGCCAGCUCUGUCCUAGCCUAGAUAAAAAAGUUGAAAAGCUUCGGAAAGAUUGACUUGCAAGCCAGAUUACUAAUUGGGUAAAAUACCUUUAUUUCAAAACCGUUUGCAACAAAUGCUCAUGCUUACACGUAGGACUGGAUGUCAAAUUACACAGUUCGAUAAAAUAAGCAUACAACAUUCAAUUUGACAGUUGUAUGUUCACACUACAUGAAAUUUUUUUAAAAGAUUGAAACCUCAAACCUUGCUCAUUUUUGAAACAAAGAAAAACGGGAGGACACCAGAUGAAGACACUGGAUCCAGGAAGCACAUAUUGACAAUAUGAAAAAAAGAAUGAAAAAUG